AUGUGGUUUUCGUAUUGGGCAAUCCAGGAAAGACGACGUACAAGACUUUUCAAAAAAAAUGGAGGUAUUCUAUUGAAGCAACAAAUACGUAGGCAUCAAGAGAGGUCAAAGAAAGGGGUCCCUGAAGUAAAAGAGGAGUCAAAGACAGGAAUUAAAGAAGAAAAUUCAGCAGAAAAAGGGGAGAGAAAAGGUUUAUCACAAAAAGAGAUGAAAGAAGAAAAUUUCAAGUUUUUCACCAUAAAAGAGCUAAAGAAUGCAACCAAUAAUUUCCGUCAACCACCACUGAGAGAAGGAGAGUUUGGUAAAGUUUAUGAGGGAAAUUUACAGGGUGGAAAACAAGUUAUUGUGAUUCAGAGACCCAAAAACAUGGACGAACGUCAGAUUAUACAGUUUGUAAAUGAGGUUGACAUUCUCUCUCACAGCAAUCACGAACACGUGGUAAAGCUCUUGGGUUGUUGCCUAGAUAAUAAAGACCCAUUGUUAGUUUAUGAGUCUUUCUCCAUCUCGCUCUUCGACCGUAUCCAUCACAAGCUGAAUGAUGCAGCAGAACAACCUCUUUCAUGGAUAGAUCGUCUAAGAAUUGCGACAGAGACGGCCAAUGCAUUAGAUUAUUUACACUCUUCUUUUUCAUUGCCUAUCUUUCAUAGGAAUCUCAAGUCUUCCACUAUACUUCUAGAUAAUAAUAAGAAGGUUAAAGUAUCUGAUUAUGGAGCUUUAGGAUUUGGUCGUGAGAAAAAGGAUGAAUCUGAAAAAAAGAUUCAAGGAAAUCAUGCUUACUUUGACCCAGAAUGUGAUAAGUAUUCAGAUUGUCAUUUAACUGAUAAAAGUGAUGUUUAUAGCUUUGGAGUUGUUUUAGCAGAGCUUUUGACCGGAAAAAAACCAAUUUUAUCAGAAGAACCUGGUAAAAUGGAAACCCUGGCAGAAUAUUUUGUACGUGAAGUGACAAAUGAGAAUCUUUGUCCUGAUGAGCGAAUAAAAAAUGAUGCAGAGAAAGAUCAUUUCUUGAUAGUUGUUGAGCUUACCAAAAAUUGCCUACAGGAUAAAGGGGAAGCUAGGCCAACAAUGAAGGAAGUUGUGAACACGCUUGGUUCUUUGCUAUCAUUGUUACAACCUAAGCAGGAGCAGCAGCAGACUGAACAUCGUGACGUCAGUGGACCAUCGACAAGUUCUAUUCUGGAUGCAACGGCGGAUGAAAUAGAGGCUGAUCAUUGA